CUGUAAUACAGUGUCAGGGCAUAUUUGGAGCUGUCGGUGGCGCGCGUCAUGUGAGCUCACUCCUCAGGUCGCAUGUUCCAAUUCAAUCAACUUGUGGGCAAAGAAAAAGACGGGCGAGAUUCAAAUAUAGCCGUCCGGCGAAAGCACGGGAGCUCACACCGACACUCGCAAGUCACGUUUUCCCCAACACCUUUCGGACAAGCACCACCAGCACUGCAGCCAUGGCGGACGAUCAUCACCACAACCAGCAUCACCACAACCAGCAGCAGCAGCAGCAGCAGCAGCUCCAGCUUCAACAUCAGCAGCUGCAGCAGCAGCAGCACACGCACCAUCCACAGGAGCAACAGCAGCAGCACCAACACGUCGAAGGUUUCCCAGCGCCUGGUAGCGUGGAUAUCCCGGGUGCCAAGGCCGACGCUCCGGUGGAAGGCUAUCAUGACGUCCACGGCCAGGGUGACGUUCGUCUGGACCGCCAAACUCCCAACCCGCUACCAACCAGCCCGCCACAGCAUAUAGCGACUUCUUCAGCGCAACAGACUGCUGCGGACCACGCUGCCGCGUUAGAACAUCAUUUCCUGCUACAGCAAGAUGGCCAGCAUGGACAAAUCACCGCAGAAGAGCUAGAUGAGCAUGUGCAACAGGUGGUCCAACAAAUUGCCGCGCAGCACGCUGAAAGCGUUGCACAGCACGCCGCCGUCCAACAGGCCGCAUUGGAAGCUGCUCGGCAAGUCGUUCAGCAGGCCGUUGCUCAGCAUCAAAGCGGUCAACAGGCGCAACACCACCAACUCGGCGGGGACGCCUCAUCUGUUGCCGGCGACACCCAGUCGCUCAUAGCUCAAAGUCCCGGCACACCACGAACCCUUCCCGCUGACUUUGCGACGCCACCUGGUUUGGAAGCAGUCCACUUCGCAGCUGCCGCCGCUGCUCAAGCUGCAGCGCAACAGGUUGCCGCUCAAGUAAACGCCUCUGGGUCGCCACCAUCUCAAUCGCAAGAUACUCCAGGGGGCGAAUCCAAGCUGCCCGUAGGAUCCGAGGAGUGGAUCAAACAACGUCGAUUGAACCACAAGGAGGUGGAAAGGAGGAGGCGUGAAACUAUCAAUGAGGGGAUCAAUGAAUUGGCCAAGCUUCUGCCGGAAGGCGAAAAGACGAACAAGGGCCGUAUCUUGUCGCGUGUCAUUCAGUACAUUCAUCAAUUGAAGGAGGCAGAAGCCAACAACUUGGAGAAAUGGACACUCGAGAAGCUCUUAUGUGAACAAGCUAUUUCUGAAUUGGGAUCCCAAGUGGAACAGAUGCGGGUAGAAAACGAGGCGCUCAAACAACAACUAGCUGCGUACCAUGCGCAAGUUGGGUCGCACGAGGAAGAAUUGCGUCGAAAGAAGCCGCGGCUUGAUAGUGAACACUAUCAGGAACCGGACCUCGUCCCACACCCUCACGUACAGAUUCCGGAUAUGCCACAAAUCCCUCAAAUUCCUCAGAUUCCUCAGAUUUCGCAAAUCUCGGAGCUACCAGGAAUACCGCAGGACGGAUCCCUCCACGCCAUCUCGCAAGUCUGAGAAUCGAGAAAAAAGGUUCGAAUAUACCCUCCUCAUUCGCCCACCGUGUGUACCCGGCACGUCAGUUUCGGAAUGGUUCUGAGGACCGUUGGCCUGUUUUGUGGGCCAAACUCUUGUGUGCGUUCUUGCCUUUUCGUUUGAUUUCCUGUGGGCCCCUCGUCCUUGGAGACGGAGAACGGUCAGAAUCAGUCGGUGCCUGUUUCCGUAUUAAUCUGGGAGCUCGUUAGUACUAUUCAUCAUGCUUUCCUAUCUCUGUCAAUACAAAAGUAACCCCUCUCGAAGAGAAC